AGUGUAGGUUGGUUUGCACGAUGUGUAUGUGUGCGUGUCUGAUAUUCAGAGAGAGAGAGCGAGAGAAUGCGCAGCUGUAACCUACCAAAGAACGGUGUUGCACAUUCUGAAUCACAUGGAUUUUAAGUGGAUAGCCUACUUAGAGUGGGUACGUCGUGCGCUCUAUUGAACAGACCCAAGAAUGUGACAUUUUAACAGAUCGAUGCAGUUGAUAAGGACAGCGAAUUUGUUUUGGGAUUGUAUUUGGCUACUUUUAGCCUAUUAGGCUACUUUUACAAACGGCCAUACCACUGCCAGGAUACCUUCAUAGUCUAUCUGAUUGAAAUGUUGCAAUGUUCCGAAGGAUACUCCAACGCGUUGACUUUUGGUUGAUUUGGGUAACAGUUGUACUAUUUGGAGCUUCUGGUGCAGGAGCGCACAGUUGCCAUGAGGUUAAAACGGCUUUCCAAUUGCGCCAGAUCGGCUCGUUGAAAUGGGUCCCCGAGGCACCUGGAACAGAUGGUGAGCUGCAGAUCUGCAAGCACCCAGGCCCGUCAUGUUGCACACGCAAGAUGGAGGAGAGUUACCAGGCAGCAGUGCGCAGAGAGACUCUCCAGAACAUCCGUUCCUACAGCUUUGAGCUCAAGUACCUCAUUGUGGGCCAUUCCUCUGCCUUCCAGGACACGUUCCAGUCUCUUCUGUCGUUCACUCUGAACCUGACCAGUGCUCUGUUUGACAGUGCCUAUGAGCCCCUCGCCCAGGAUGCUCGCCCCCUGGUGGCAGACCUCUUCUCCGUCCUCUCUCUCUUCCUGGGAGGAGACAGCAACACCUCCAUGGAGCGCUCUGUGCACCGAUUCUAUGACGACCUCUUCCCACUGGUGUACCGGCGCCUUGUCAACCCUGGCCUCGCCUCGGCCCCGCCCUCCUCUGAGCACAGUGAGUGUCUGCGCAAGACGCGCCAGGAUGUCAACCCGUUUGGGCCCCACCCUCGUGCCUUGGCCGAGGGGCUGACCCGGGCUCUGAGCGCAGGGCGGGCACUGAGCCGGGCGCUGAUGAUGGGGGCAGAGGUACUGAACGCCACAGAGUGGGCAGGGCUGGCCAGGGAGUGUGGGCGGGCUCUGGUGAGGAUGCAGUACUGCCCCCACUGCAGGGGCCUGACCCUGAUCCGGCCGUGUGGAGGACUAUGUCUUAACGUAAUGCGGGGCUGCCUGGUGGGGCUCUUGGAGCUAGACGGGCCCUGGAGGCACUAUGUGGCCCUGCUGCAGGAGCUGACGGGGGCCCUGGCCGGGGGCCACGAUCUGGAGCUGGCCCUGCUGGGCAUCAGGAACCACAUCAAUGACGCCAUCCUGCACGCACAGCUGCAUGGGCCACGCAUCAGCGCCAUCGUUGAUAAAGUAUGUGGGCCUCUCACAGACACUCCGUCAGUGACAAGUAUACGUCCCACCCUGGAGGUCAUGACCUCCGUGACCACCUCCCCGACCUCGGCGGCCUCAACGCCCUCCCCAGCCGAGGUCACACUGGGCCGCUUGUCGCAUACCAGGAGGUCCUUACCUCUGAAACCAUCCAAGAUUGAUAAGCCUAGAAGUCUGAAAAAGAUCUCUAGAGAGUUUAUGGGCUAUAUUCAGCGCUACAAGUCCUUCUUCUCUGCCCUGCCGGAGACACUGUGUGAGAGUGAGAUGGUGGGGGAGGACUUCACCUGCUGGAGUGGGGAGGACGUGGUGGAGAGUUAUGUGGGCCGUGUUGUGGGGAAUGGCCUUCAGGCCCAGAAAAACAAUCCAGAGAUUAAGGUCCGCAGCAUUGACCCCAUCCUAGUGGCAGCUAGAGACAAACUAGAACAAUUCAAUCAGGAGAUGCAGGGUCAGAUGGGCUGGGCGACAGAAUGGGGGGCGUCGGUGGAGACGGGCAGUGGGACAAGAGGAGAGGCCAGCGGAGAGUGUGACGAUGAGGACGGAUGUCAGGGAUCUGGAGAGGAAGACUUUACCGAUGAGAAUGAGAGAGUGGACGUGGCCACUGCUGGUGUUCCUCUGGGGAAGAGCCCAGGAGCCAGGGAGCCCCCACGCCAGGUCCCUACCAUUCAACCCCCUCCACAGGUAGCUGUGAAAGCUGCGGGCCACACCCCAACACACCACCCAGCUAUCACCAUCACCCUCAUCACCCUCCUGUCUGCCUUGGGGUUACCAUGACACCAACUCUGAGACCCCCUUCCCCUCCGCUGAUGACGCCACUGAGCACUGGAGAGAGGUGGGGAGCCUUCACAAGAAGGAAAAGCAGGAAGAGGAGGAUGAGAAGGACAAGAGGAGGUGCUCCCCAGCCAACCUGCGGCUUUUCCCCAGCUGCUCUCUGUUAGUUGGCGGGAGCUGGACUGCACGGCUGUGUUUGUGCGAUUAUAGGAUGUCUGCAUUUCUCUCUCUCUCUCUCUGUCUCUCCCUUGCUGCCUUUACCUCUGCUUUGUCCUCACUGCCUCCUCCUCUCUGGUUCUCUGGACUGCCUGGUCAGUUGACCGUCAGAUGUGGUCAGCUAUAUGUCCCACUACUCUCUUGGUUCUCCUGUAGUCCCUAGGUUUAGGUCAUGAACAGUAAAGUUCAGAAACAGCUGAACUUAAGAAUGUAAUCAGGCCCAACACAGACAUCAUCUCUCCUCACCUGUCCACACCCAAAGCCAACUGCCAUGUCCUCUGGGCUCUCUCUAUUUGUUACUUAGUUUGCGUUUGAUUAUGCCUUCUGUCAAUAGUCACCGAGCACACUGUACAUGUUUUAUAUGGUCUCAUGUGGGACUUUGAUUGUGUAUUUGUUUGUUUGUGUGCCUUUAUUUACCUAUACUUAUGUCUACAUGUGGGUUUCUUUACCAUAUAAUUUACUUUAAUUGUAACAACUUAUAAUAAUGGCUUGUACAGUACUAGAACUGAUUUAUUGGACAAAUGUAAAUACACAUAUUUAUGUAAAUAUACAGUUUGUACUGUAUAAGGAUAGGAUAACAAGGGCUUUAUUGGAGUUGUUGCUGUGGAAAUAGAGGAAUAACAGGUUUUUGGAUACCUUUUAUAUAAACUUCACCAAAUUAUUUUGCCUGUAUGUUUUGAUGGGCACCAAGCCCGACCCUCAACAUAUGUUCCCACACACUGACAUCCUAGUUAACACGCAUCCAUUGCACAAAGAUCCCCUCUGUUAUAAUGGCAAGUGUAUAAAUGUAUAUAUUUGAAGUCACACACAAUGUUCAUCUUUGGUUUAAAUGUUUAAUUUUCUUAGUACAGAAAUGGCUAAGUUUAAAGCUGGAAUCCUAAAUAGUGAAACUGGCACGUCUGUUUGCGAUAUUACAACAACAAAGAAGUUACUGCAAACAACCAACACAGUUUUUUCCCUCAGACAUCAAUGCAGCAGAAUAGUACUGGAUUUUUUUUUAUACCAGGUUACACAACGCUCCUCACCUCCGCUUCGUCAACAAAAGAAAAACAAUAACAACGGCCGUGGGGGGGUCAGUGGUGCUGUUUCCCCUACUGCAGAUUCCAUCUUUAAAGGGAUGCUGCAAACACCUCCGUCCUGCAUGAAGUUUCAGGUUUACGAUAACCAAGUGUGUUUUACCUAACAAGGAAACAAAAUCUGCAUAUAAAAAGAGCCUUCAGCUCAAUAAAGACCCCCAUGAACUCCAUGUCUGUCCAGGUGGCGUUGAGCUGUUGCCAGGAGACAGAGUGAGUGACAGGUCUAAUAUUCUGCUAUACUGGAUAGCAAUGCACCCUAUGGCUCACCUGUUAGUUCUGAAUGCCAGGUCCAGUAAUGUACCUCAUCAUUGCCGCUCCACUCCUUUGAAUGUCAAUGUUAAUUGGCCAAUCAGACCUUUUGAUAUGAUGAGAUUUUGCUUUAGCCUCGUAAUUACAGUACCAGACUGAUUACCUCUGCGCUGAUUCCGUGGUAGUGAACUAUUCAUGUAAACUCGCGAGCCAGGCGGCUUGUGAGGCUAAUCUUGCUUUGCAACCCCUUUAAAAGGCCAGAAAUGUUCAGAGCCAGGUGAGUGAUGACAGGACUGAUAUAUUAGACUGGCCCUUUGUCUGAAACGGAUGGAGACUUUGUAGACUCGCAUUGGCAUUUUAAUAAACAUAUAACAGUCAACCUGACCAUGAUGUACCUGC